UGGCAUCUCCUACUACGCUGGUGAACCACGAUGCCCAUUGGUACAUCUCGAACACCCCGCAUAUGAAACUCAGGAUGCAUCCGAGACCGGCAAGCACCGUUUCCUACACUUGGAAAGAUUAGUGAAUGGGGUUAUAAUGCACUUGGAGAAUUUAACUGACAGGUUUAUUAUGCAGUCAAGUUCACAGUUCACUUUGUAUGUAGACACGUGAGACGAGGCACUCACAAUGAAUGUAUGUGGAUACCCCAUUGCGUUUACCGAUAUUUCGGAGAAGUUGACGAUUAUGUACCCGCUAACAAAUGUUGGUAACAGGAUCCUGAUCCAGUUCGGAUAGAAGACGAGGACUGGUUGGACAUAGCCGUAGGAGGCUAGACAACAACAGCACUAGGAUAUAUCGACCAGUGCGGGUUAUCUCACCAAGGAAAUGAAUUUACACGCCAAGGAUAAGUCCAUCAAUCAGUCAAGACUUUCACGUGCAGUUCUACGCCGAGCACAGAGCAUUGACACAUUUUUGAAAGGCUGAUAAACUCAUUUUAUUCAUUAACGAAGAAUGCACAAAAAACAAAGGAAAAAAAAAUGUUGUAAAUGAGAAAUGGCGAAGGUUGGAAUUAUCAUCAGCUGUCGAAGAUUUAGUACCGCAUUGGCACGUGACUUUUGCAAAGGUUCAGUUUUGUUUUGGCGUCGAGUCGGCUUGUGGCAGGCGCGAACAAUAAGUCAGAGCGAAGGACCUUUACGCAAAAUAUUUAUUCUGUGUAGGUAUGAAACAGUACCUUUUUAUUGCACACCCGCAUCGCGUUUCUCAACGGUCUUUGCAAAAAUGGUCGCGAGGGCGUCGGAGCUUCUGAAAAAUCCCAACUUUGUGCUGAAGAUUAUAGAGCUGGUAUUGUGCUCAAAACCAUGAUUCUGCCAAACGCCUGUUUCUGUGGUGAAAGGAAAUACUUUUCGCGAAAUUUACAAUCAUUUGCAAUUUUUGAGCAGGUCCUAGUCCUGGUUGGUUUCGUCUUGGUAUUGCUUCAGGAUAGAUUCACCUGGCCAAAUAGCUUGACGAUGGAAUUGAGGUUCACGAUUAUUGGCGUCGUCGUAUUUGUGAUUGGCAGUAUCAUGGCGUUUCGUAACUACGAAGAAGUUCAAGAUGUGUCAGGCGGACAAAACUCAAUGCUCGAUCUUCAUCUGGGCAUCAUUCUCUCGGUCACUGCUGUUGUCAUGGUCUUUGACAUAUUCCUUGGCGUGAAAUAUUUCGGCGAUGUCAUGAGCCGAGACUGAAUUUCAGUACGAAGUUGGACGCCAAUGAUUCAAUAAUGAGUGGCUGAUUUUUCUUCUCUUCAAUGAUUAUUUCUUACAUUAUCAUAAUCAGAUAU